UUUUUAUCUAUCUCCUAUAUAGAUAUAAUUAUUAUUAAGCAUGUGAUUAGAGCAUGACAAACCGUUUUAAUCAUUAAGCUGAAAAUCUAACAGAAAUAUAGAAGCCGUUAAAUUAAUGAAAAUAAUUUGAAAGCCUCAUUAAGCACUAAAAUGUUUGGCCAAACUGGAAAUCAGAAAUAUUCUACCAAAUUUGAAUAGAUUGCAGUUAGUGUAACUGCGCUUGACGAUAUGAUGACAUCGCUGACGCUCUGCUGUACGGUUUCCAUCUUGUUGUGUUGCUACUUAACUCAGCAACAAGUGGAAGGACAACGCUUUGAAAUCAUGGAUAUCAAAAGUCAUGUGAAUCGUGAAAAAAUCGCUAUAAAAACUAUAAUUCACGAUAACGGCACAAAGUUCGAUAUACACAUUACGCUCUUGAAUCCAUUGAAAACACACGAUCUACUAAUGUGUUUGAGGUUGAAACAGAAAAUCGAAUUGAGCACUAACUAUCGAAAUAUCUUUCAAUUGCGCCGCAUCGAUGUUUGCAAAUUUCUGGCCAACAAUUAUCAAAAAUAUUUAACGCAAUCGUUAUUUAAAAUAGCACCGUCGUUAUUAUCACAACUGGAAUGCCCCAUUAAACCGGGUGAUUAUCAUAUCACAAAUCUUACAGUCGAAGCAAACCCCUUGGUCAACACUUUGGAGCCUGGAUAUUAUAGAUUUUAUGUAGAAGUGGCACAGGUGAGCAGUUCAGCGGUUAAAUUGCUCGAUAUGCAGAUAACCACUUUAUACCAGUUGUAAUGAGUUUCGUACGCUCUGCACUAUAAAAAAUAAUAUAUGAAACAUUUCUGUUAU